UUUAAAAAUAAAAGAGGACAGAAAUGUAUUACGUACGAGUUGGGGGAAAGUAACUUAAUAUUUUAAAUUCAUGCUUGAAAUUGUUACUGAAAAUAUAGUGGGAGACAAAAGAAGAACAUAAGUCAAUCAAAUGAGAUGAUCUGGAUUUUGACUUCUGCCAUCUGAAUCCCACCUCUAAUAUAUGGAACAAAACGCAUCAUGUAGAGCAGAGGUCCCCAACCCUGGUCCUCAGGGACCGCUGUCCUGCAUGUUUUUGAGAAGUCCAGACUCCAGCACAGGUGAUUCAUAUGAUUGCAUUACCUCCUUUGCGUUCCUGCAGUUGCUGCAGAAGCAGGGAAACACCUAAAACAUGCAGGACAGAGGGCCUUGAGGACCGGGGUUGGGGAGCGUGGAUGUAGAAGACGUCAAAGCUUCAACACAUAGCAGGGAUUAAGUUACACAAACCUUCUCUACUCCUCAGAGUGAAGCUUUAGCUCACUGAGGUUAUGAAGGAAUUUCUUCUUGCAGGAGUAGAUAUAGUUGUUAAUGAACUGAUGCUGACUUUGUCAGUGAACUCAAAGACAGAGAUGACAUACAAGAGCUUUGGGGGAAAAAAUAAUCCAGUUCCACAAAAAUCUAAAGUAAGAAGGAAAAGGAAGGCAGCAGUCAGAUGUCAAAGAAGUGAAAUCAGACUUUGCAAAAGAUGAAGUAAGAAUGUUGCAGAAUGUUUGCGGGAAUCAAAACACACACAGAGGAGAUGUCUCUUUGUGUUUUUCAUCAGUUCUGGACAUAAAAAACACAAUGCUGGAAGACAUUUUUCACAGAUUAUACAAAUUCUGCUUAACCCAGAUGCAUUAUUAUCCUGUCUAUGUAGAAUGGAAAAAAAAGCCUACUGGUAUUAAUAGUAGCUAUAAAAAUUAGGCAUUUAAUAAGUUGUCCAUCUGCCCCCUUUUUGUUUUGUGGGCUAAAACAUUCAUGAAAUAAUUUGUAGCAGCAGUUAAUUGUGGAAAAUGACAAUAUAAAUCUGAGGGACUGAAUAAAAGAUACACGCUACACUUUUCAAAUAAUUGCUUUUUUUUAAAGUAACAACUAUCUAUUUAAAAGCAGUUCACAAGGUAUGGAUAUCGACAAAAAGAAAUAUAAAACAAGCUCUUGUUUUUGCUGUGAUAAUAGCAAAAAUAAAAACGUUGAAUUCAUUCAAAUCAGGUUAUUAAGUUGCAUCUGUUGGAUUUACAACAUCUGGGAAACACCGGUGUUUUAUCCGCUCUGCAGAAGCGCGUGUUUUCCUCACUCUGUGAUUGUCGACGCUUCCUCUUUAAUGUGAACCACUAAGGACGGGAGAGUCGGGGAAGAGGGAGCGCAGAGGGAAAGGGCGAGGCGCACAAGAAGCUUUUAGUAUGCGCUGCAAUGCCCAACUGCAGCCCACUCAUCUCAACUAUGGUGAAUUACGGUGAAAUAUGAGAAACUAGAAGACGAGCCCGGCGGUUCAAAAACAGAUAGUCGUGAUGAAAAAAAACACAUAGCCGCUGUUGUUGUUGUUGUUGUUGUUGUUAGUCACACCAAUGCUGAGACGGACAGAUGCCAAGAAGCAGAAGAACGACCUGAAGGCAACUCAAAAGAAGAAACAAACUGGAUAAAAAUCCAUGCGUCUGCGCAACAAGAGAAUCCCGUCCCGCUGCCGCCUUGAUGCAGAGGCGGAGUCAUCUGGUGACUGAUAACCCUUCAAAAACGAGUCCGUCUAUCAGAGGGGACUUACUGUGGACCAAAGUCAUCACCUGAGCCAUUGUCAUCAAGCUUUUUGCAGGCAGAGGUGCCUGUGCCCGAUCCCACAAGUGCAAAGAAGGUUCACAUCCAGCCCGCUGUGGCCCCAUCCUGUCUGAAAGCUGCAGGCCCCAUCUUCCUCCACCAUGACGGUUGCCACCAGCGACCCUGCAGAUGAAGCAGCGACACACUCAGGUCAGCCUCAUGACCAGUAUGACCCAGAGCCAGACCAUGAGUGUUGCGAGAGGGUUGUCAUCAACAUUUCAGGCUUGCGCUUUGAGACGCAGCUGAAGACCCUGUCUCAGUUUCCAGAUACACUGCUGGGGGAUCCCAAGAAAAGGAUGAGGUAUUUUGAUCCCCUCCGGAAUGAGUACUUCUUCGACCGGAAUCGACCAAGUUUUGAUGCUAUCCUGUAUUACUACCAAUCUGGUGGGAGGCUUCGCCGGCCUGUCAAUGUGACUCUGGACAUAUUUUCUGAGGAAAUCCGAUUUUAUGAGUUGGGUGAGGAGGCUAUGGAAAUUUUCAGAGAAGAUGAAGGUUUUAUAAAGGAAGAGGAGAGACCACUGCCAGAAAAUGAGUUUCAGAGACAAGUGUGGCUUCUGUUUGAAUACCCAGAGAGCUCGGGUCCAGCUCGAAUCAUUGCCAUCAUUUCCGUCAUGGUGAUUCUUAUAUCGAUUGUAAGCUUCUGCCUGGAAACACUGCCACUUUUCCGAAAUGAAGAUGAGGAAAUGUACAAUUACCCGCUGCAUUCCAUGUCCAACUCCACCUCUACGUACUACUCCUCGACAUAUUUUACAGAUCCUUUCUUCAUUGUGGAGACCCUCUGUAUCAUCUGGUUUUCUUUUGAGUUCCUCGUUCGAUUUUUUGCCUGUCCAAGCAAAGCUGGAUUUUUUGGUAACAUUAUGAACAUCAUAGAUAUUGUGGCAAUCAUUCCAUACUUCAUCACCCUGGGCACAGAGCUUGCGGAAAGGCCAGAGGAUAGCCAGGCUGGCCAGCAGGCCAUGUCCUUGGCCAUCCUCCGUGUCAUCCGUCUCGUAAGGGUGUUUCGCAUCUUCAAACUCUCACGUCACUCUAAGGGUCUCCAGAUCUUAGGACAGACACUGAAGGCCAGUAUGCGUGAGCUGGGCCUCCUAAUCUUUUUCCUGUUUAUUGGUGUAAUUCUCUUCUCUAGCGCUGUCUACUUUGCAGAAGCAGACGAGCCACAUUCACAGUUUAGCAGCAUCCCUGAAGCAUUUUGGUGGGCAGUGGUUUCCAUGACCACUGUAGGCUACGGAGACAUGGUACCGACCACUAUCGGAGGAAAAAUUGUGGGCUCUCUCUGUGCAAUCGCUGGUGUGCUGACUAUUGCCUUGCCCGUGCCUGUCAUUGUAUCAAAUUUUAACUAUUUCUACCACAGAGAGACAGAGGGUGAGGAACAAGCGCAGUAUCUGAAUAUCCCAAGUGUGCCUAAAGGCAGUUCUGCUGAUGAUCUGAAGAAGAGUGGUCGAAGUGGGAGCGGAUCCACCCUCAGUAAGUCUGACUAUGUUGAGAUCCAGGAGCCCGUUAACCACAAUACUGAGGACUUCAGACCAGAGGGCAAAAAAACUGGAAACUGCACUCUGGUCAAUACUAAUUUCGUAAAUAUCACUAAAAUGCGUACAGAUGUAUAAUGUGACUUGCAAUGUUACUAUUACUAUUGCAGAAAGGUGAAUUUAUGUCUCCCUCUGCUCAUGGAUUAUAAUACCAAGGAUAAGAACGACGCAGAACAGGGUGAGAGCAAGAUGAACUCAAACAAACAGUAGAUGGAGAAGACCUCAUGUUCUCCUAUCACACAGAAUAAACAGUGCACUUUUCAGAACUGCCAGUCAUCUUGUUUAGGACAUUUUCAUGUCUGCAUGGAGUUAGUCUUAUACAGUAGAAAUAGUUUGUAACAGUGGUUGUCCUGCUUGCAUCAGUAGCCAACUAGUAGCCUAAUAAAUAAUAAUUCAAUAUUGCAACAUAAAGGGACCAGUACUAAGUAUUAUAUUACUUAAACUGCUCCAGACAAAAAUGGACAGCCAAGAUCAUUUUAGUGUUAGCAUUUUUUUAUAAAUUUAUAACCUAGCUUGAAAUGACACAAGGUCUGGUGCGAGAACUCAUGGGCAACUUUAAUCUGCUACUCAAACUGCCCUGAUUCAAAGAAAGACAGAAUCACAGUAUUCUGUCAGGGGAAAACUCAUCUGAGCAACAGAGAGAGUCUGAGACCAGUUAUAAUGGUGUUUCAGUACAAGCAGAGACUUGCAUUUAGCAUUCAUCCCUUUGCUCUCUUUCUUUUAGGGAAAGCUGGAGGUCAAUGUGGGGACAAGCAAUUAUCUCUACUAAUAACCCAAAUUAUUGGGCUAAUCAGUUCAGACUACUAGAAGAGUAAAAGAAAUGUUAUUUCUGAACAAUGAGAAUGUUUACUUUGUAUAUUUUUGAUAUUUUUGCAGUAUAUUUUUAUUGUGUUAAAAACAUGUCUCAUUUAUGUUUUCAAUGCUCAAGGAUGUAGGGAAUAUUUUCACUGUAUUGCUCAGAGUCAGUGCCUAUUGCUCUUUGACUGUAAGGGAGAGCGGGGCACAACCUAACACUUUUUUUGCGAUCAUGUACAACCAUUGGACAUAGUUAUCCUUAUUAUAUAUAUAUUUUUUAUCUUAAUUUCAACAUCUUUAAUUGGUAUGCUGCAAAUGAAAACUCAAUGUCUGUUCUAGUAACCUACAGGUUUUUCUUUUUUUAAAUCAUCACUGAAAGUAGCAGCAGAGACAUUUUACAACUCGCCCCACAGGUGCUGUAAAUUGUUUUAGCAAAUCUCUAUGAGUUUAAGUGGGAGCCGUCUGAAAAUGUGCGCUGUAUUUUCAUUUGACAAAAUCUCAAAAUGUCUGGCUGUACACACGGCUUAACUCUAAGAAACUCUGUAAAAUGUCUGUGCUUGAAAUAACCUCCAUGUUAGGACAUGCCCCACACUCCACAACCUAUAAAUGUCUGUGAAGUUAGAUUUUAACACCACUGCCCAACAUAAAUCUUUGCUGUUCUGGACUUCAAAUCAUUCCAUGUUAUAAAGAGAUUAAGGAGAAGCUUUAAUAUGUCAUGUACUUUAUCUUGAAGCUGACGUCAGGUGCAUUUUAUAUAUAUUGCAGAAAACCGACCUCAUGUAUGAUUUUGAUUAUUUAUGCUUUAUACUGCAUUGUCCUCCAAGCUAAUGUUUUUAGAACCACAUUCAACCAAAGAAGGAGCUCCACAAAAAGUUACUCUUGAGUGUUAUAAGGUCUGUCAUUUACCUGGAGUGUUAGAUAUUUUUUUGUGGUAGUUAUUCAGGCAUCAAAAUAAUUGUUAGCAUUUUAAAAUGCAUGUAGAAACUUGCUGACAACAUUAAGCGGUGCUGUAGCUGCAGUAAAAACAUUAAUACUAAUUUAUUGACUUAAUGUAAUGCUUUACAUCGUCAUGCCUACUUUCCCCUGUCAUUUUCUCCCAAUCAAUAAAUCCAAAUUAGUAAACUACGUCCUUCUGGAACAAAUCAAAUUAAGGCACCUAUUUUCCUGUACGGUAGAUGCAGGCUACCAUGUUCCCUCUUGUAUCUUAGGCUGAAAAAACAUGCUCUUAUUACCCGUAACAUAAUCACUGACAGAAGAAGUAGAUAACACUGGACUCUGUUAUUGUGUCUCUUGUUUGUGCGAUGGUCAUGCUAGGUAGCAAUUCAAAGAUAAUGUGUUAGAAGAAAGGAAAAUGGGUUGUCAUGGUUGGAAGCAAAUUUGACAAGAGCCAACUUGUGAUGCAUGAUCAUCUUCAAAACUGCUUAUUUUGAGGGGCAUGCCAGUCUGUGGUGGUUAGUAUCUAAUAAUGAGGAUUCACUUAAGGGACAGUGGUUGACUAAUCCACGUGUUGAGUGAUAAGUGUGGCGUGUGGGCUAAUGCAACAGAUGAGCAACUGUAGCUCAAAUUGAAAAAGAAGUUAAUACUGGUUCAUGCGCGUUGUUCACAUGGAAAACGAGUGGAAUCAAGAUACACUGUGAGAACUAGCAAGCCGGCGGAGUCAAUGUGAUGCUCGUUCAAUGUUAUGCCAGGAACCCUUGUGUAGUUUGCUUAUAGUAGGGUAGGGCUAGGGUUAGGGUAUCCAGCAAACUAAAGAAAGAACAUUAGGAACAUGGUGGAUAGCUUGCUGUCUUGUAUGAUGUGCAUAGUGGCCUGCCUCUUAUGCAUAUGAAAUAAAUCUGCACCCAGACUGAAUAAAUUUAAUGUUGCUGCAUUAUUUGUUCUCUUAUGAAAAAGGUGCAGGGAUUAGAUUUAUAUUUUUGGUGCUUGUCGAUCAAUGGGUUUGUUUCUUGAAUCUUUAUGUUUUUUGUUGGGGUUUUUUCUCGUCAACAAUCAUUUUGGCAAUACCUUCUUAAAUACGUAGCUGCUUCAGCUGCAUGAUGUUAUCCCUGUGGUCUAGUCUUCUUUUAGAAGUACAGAGUGAAAGUUUACUAGAAAGAAUCAAAGUCCCUUGGUUGAUACAUUUGUGUAAGCACCUUAGAAGGAUAUACAGCUAACUGCUGAUACACAACACACCUUUAUACUGGUGUGUUGUGGGGUCUGGUGGAGAAGUCAGGGCUGUUUCGACAGCAAAACGGAGAAAACAUUCUGUUAUGCCUGAUUGCUGUAUGUAUCUUAGUUGCUUAGUAUCCUGUUAGCUCAGCUGUUGUACCAAUCUAUUAUGCAUAAAUGCAGUAAUGUAAAACAGGCAGGGUUGCCGUUUACUGUUCUUGUAUUAUUCUGCUUUUGUAGAACUACUCGCCCUUUAAAGUUGUAGCAUUGCCUAGGAUGAAUAACAUUUAAGUAUUAAACUGACUUAAUCCAAUACUCACUUGGGUCACAAUCCAUUUUAAGAGAGUGCUGUAUGUCAAUGAGUCCUUACAGAUAAUUUAUGACAGGAAAGAGGGAAAAUAUGAUUAUAGUCCUGGAAAUCUAAGGUUGGACGUUAGCUACUCAUUCUUUCUCCCAACAGUUCAGUGUCUUGAAUACUUUCCAAAUAAAAGCACAACAGCUGCUACCUGCUGCCAGUCCAGUGGAUGCAACGAGAUUCAUAGUGGGUCAGUUAGAGUUUUUGCUCAGCUGAGUGUAUUAUAAUUCUCCAAGGAAACAUCUAAGUGCUCCUCUCACUGACAUAUCGUUCCAUCAAGCUCGAUGUGUGGAGUACAUUCGUAUCUGUGCAUGUGUGUGUUCGGAACUGAGAGGAAUGGAAAGCUUCUACACACACAUAAGCCAAGUGUUGAGCUUUUAGAGACAACAUUGUAGCUAGUCCUGUUAACUGCUAGCUCAAAUGACAGGGGCGGUCAGUGUGUUCUAAUGUAUUUCUGUGUACUGUUUACAGCCAGUAUACAUACCAUAAGCAUAUAGUACAUCAAAUAUGGGACGCUGAAAGAAUGCCCUGUUACACAGGAGAUGUGUUUCCAGAGGAUGUGUUGGCUUAUGGGAUAAGCUGUAGUGUCUGCCAAGGCCUAUAUUGCAGGAAGCAUGAAGCAUCAGAUGAAAAAGUAGAUCUGAUAGAAGAUGUAAAAUAAACACUGCCUACACCCAAGUUCCUAUUCUUUCUCUUUUAUUUAUUUAUUUAUUUAUUUAUUUAUUUAUUUAUUUAUUUAUUUAUUUAUUUAUUUAUUUAUUUUUAUUUUAUUUUUUUUUACAGUGGUUUGUGCUUCUCUAAACUCUCAGUUAUUGAACCUCUAUGUCACUUUAAGCUUGGCCUUGGGCCCUGUUCUUUCAGUUCUUGUUACCAAACACACAACUGAAGUGACACACUGCCGAGACAAAAUUGUUCUCCUGGAGAAUCCAACAGGAGUCAAAGAACAGAAUGUGAACUGCAGAAAACUCCUCCAACUCGUGGAUAUUUACACACAAAAACCCACACCGACCAUUUGAACAUAUAGCUUGUGUACUAAUGUGUACAUACACUGCCUGUGGAAAAUUAUUUUAAUGGACAUACCUGAGGAUGAAAAACCUACAUGUGGCUUUGUUUAUGAAGGACUAAAGCCUACAGAUGAUUCCACAUGCUAAUUUAUCUAAAGUUCACAGCUGCUUCAAAUGAUGUCUUUUGUCUUAAAAUGCUUAAAGCUACUAUUAUGUAUAGACUCCUGUGUGUUUCAAAACUGAGAUAUAUGCUGCUAAUCUAAUCACAAUUUAUAUAUAUAUAUGAACAUAUAGUAAAAACAUAAUACAAUUUAAAUGAAAAAUGAACAUGUGUAGAAUAUUUCACUAUUGCUUUUUGUUGAAUAUCAUUAAAUCAAAUGCAGUAAAUGAGGUUUGUUGACGAUGCACACACGGGCCUUGCUUAAAUACUUUGUGUCUUAAUCUGUCUACUUUCUAUGCCUUGAGCCAAUUGUAUGUCAUUCAUAACGCCUAACUAAUCCUAUGGUUCUUCUCAAUUUUCUGUGUAACUGCUGUCUUUCACCACUGUGUUGAAAAGCCCUUGAAACAAAAUGUAUGUUGUUGCCUAAAGAAGAAUUAUGUGUCGGAAUUGCUUCCCAUGCUCUAUACAUGGACUUCUGAUGGACAUAAAUACGAUAGUCAGGAAAAUCUUCCAGUGUCAUUAUUUUAAAAAUACUGUAAAACUGGAACAUGUAAUGGUCUAAAUGAUGAUGUCAGUAAAAAAAAAAAAGAAACUUCUAUAUAAACAAAAGUUACUGUUGUGUUUCUUUUUAUGAGUCCAAUAAUGAUACAUUUUUAACUAGAAAAUUUCUGUACUGAUCAUAAACUUCUCGAUUUUAUAUUUGACACACAUUUACC